UGCUUGUGGGCGUAUUUUGUGUUCACCUCCUGGUCCUGUUUGGGUUUUGUGAUGCCUGAGCCAGCCAAGUCCGCUCCUGCCCCUAAGAAGGGCUCCAAAAAGGCGGUGACCAAGGCCCAGAAGAAGGACGGGAAGAAGCGCAAGCGUAGCCGCAAGGAGAGCUACUCUGUGUACGUGUACAAGGUGCUGAAGCAGGUCCACCCGGACACCGGCAUCUCGUCCAAAGCAAUGGGCAUCAUGAACUCCUUCGUCAACGACAUCUUCGAGCGGAUCGCGGGCGAGGCGUCGCGCCUGGCGCAUUACAACAAGCGCUCGACCAUCACAUCCAGGGAGAUCCAGACAGCGGUGCGCCUGCUGCUACCCGGGGAGCUGGCCAAGCACGCGGUGUCUGAGGGUACCAAGGCCGUCACCAAGUACACCAGCUCCAAGUAAAUUUCGUCAUUUGAAACAACGCAAAUAACUCAAGGCUCUUUUAAGAGCCACCCACUUUGUCUCAAAAGACCUGUAACUUUCCAGACUGUAUUAAAAUGGCUCGGUCAAGCAGUGAGAAAGAUUAUAUACAGCCAUCAGGGUUAAGGUUUCUGACCAUUGUGGUAUGAGGAAAAAUGUCUAUGCCCCAACCACUAAUGCCAAAGAAGCUAAUUUUGAGCAGCGCUAAGCCUGACCGCAAAAGUUUUCAUUUGCUACAUAUUAGCCACGUGUCUUUGCAAACGUUUCUUAAAAGGUAGGAUGUCAGUUAUUCUAAGCUGGCUAUUUUUAAGAAGCAGGAAAAUCUCUUAAUACUUAGAAAAGUUAGUGUUUCCUAAAGACGUUUACAUUUAUAAAGUAAAUAAUCCAAAUGUAAGCGUUUCCCUUCCCUGUAAAGCAAGUGUUUCCCUUGCUUUACCAGGAAGAAAAUGUCCAAAUAGAAUCUGCUUUUUAAUGGGAAAGGACACUACUUAAAUCUGCAUUAACAAUCUUACCAAUGUUUACAUUGCUUUUCCUGAUUACCUCUGAAAACAACUGACUACCCCCUCCCAUCAUGUUUUUUUUUUAAUCUGAAGAUGGUAUUUUAAGGUAGUGGCUCAGGCAUUUUGUAGUCUUCUCAGUUUUACUGGGGAUCUCCAGUGUACAGAGGAGGUAAUACAAAUUAGGUGUUUCGGUUUGCCUUUCCCUGUUAAUAUAUCUUGUAUCAAUUACACCAACCAAA